GGCCGAGCGUCGCCCCCUUCUUUCCGGUCUGCCUCCCUCUUCCGUCCCCCUCGGCCUCCCCCGGCGCCUGGCGUUCCUCCUUUCCUUCCCCUCUGGCAGGCCUUCCGCCUGUUUUCUCUCGCGGUGAGGGGAGGAAGAAGAAGGAGGAGGCGACGGCAGAGAGGAGGAGGAGGGGUUCCCAGUUGGAGGCCUCGGAGCCUCCUUCGGCUUCCCCAGCUCCUCCUCCUUCUCAGGGGUUGCCUAGGCAACCGGGGGGGAGGGUUGGAGGUGGAGGGAAGGCCUGCUCCUUUCUCCUAGGCCUCGGGGCCUGCAAGAGGCGCCUCCGCCUGGAAUCUGUGGAUGAACAUGGACAUGGUCUGUUGUUUCUGGCAGAUGUAAAAAGACAGAGGAGCAGAGAAGGAGCAGCAAGUUGGAAAAAUAAAGAUAAUAAUCCUUCUCUUUCUGACAGUAGUGCCCCCCGUAGAGACACACUGUUUGAAAAAACAGAGAGAAUAGAAGGAAAAAAAUGAGCAACAGUCUUUCGUGCAAGAGACACGCAAGUUCUAAGAAAAGUGUUAAGUCUCACAGCAAAAGCCACAAAGAGGACAAAGCCUCAAAAUACUUGGAUUGCGGGAAGAAUAGCCUGUCUCAUCAUAGAAAACACGGUGAAGAGAAGCCCUACAAGUGCUCCGACUGCGGAAGGAGCUUCAGCUUCAACACCAGUCUCAACAGGCACCAGAGAACUCAUAAGGGGGAGAAGCCGUUCAAGUGCUUGGAGUGUGGGAAGGGUUUCCAUGUGAGCACCAGCCUGACUUCCCACCAGAUCACUCACACGGGGGAGAAAUCCUACAAGUGCUUGGAGUGUGGGAAGAGCUUCAGCUUCAAGAAGACCCUCAACCGGCACCAGCUGGUUCACACGGGGGAGAAACCGCACACGUGUCUGGAGUGCGGAAAAAGCUUCAGCAUGAGCGCGAACCUUGCUUUCCAUCAGAGAAGCCACACGGGAGAGAAGAAGUAUAACUGCUUGGUGUGUGGGAAGACCUUCGGCUUCAAGAAGACCCUCCGGAGGCACCAGAAGACGCACACUGGGGAGAAGCCCUACGAAUGCUGGGAGUGCGGGAACAGUUUCCAUUUGAGCACCAGCCUCAUCUCCCACCAGAGGAUCCACACGGAGGAGAAGCCCUACAAGUGCUUGGAGUGCGGGAAGUGCUUUCAGUGGAGCACCAGCCUCGCUUUCCAUCAGAGGACCCACACCGCCGAGAAGCCCUACAAGUGCUUGGAGUGCGGGAAGAGCUUCAGCCUGAAGGCGAACCUCACCCGGCAUCAGAAGAUCCACACGGGGGAGAAGCCGUACACCUGCCUGGAGUGCGGGAUGAGCUUCAGCCUGAACACGAACCUCAGCCGGCACCGCAGAACUCACACGGGGGAGAAGCCCUACACUUGCCUGGAGUGCGGGAAGAGCUUCGGCAGGAAGACGAACCUCAGCCGGCACCAGACGACUCACACAGGGGAGAAGCCCUACAAGUGCUUGGAGUGUGGGAAGAACUUCAGUCGAAACACCAACCUCCGCCGGCAUCAGAAGAACUCCCACCGGCAUGCAAGCAUGUGAACACUUUGGGGGUGGCGUUGGCCGUUCUGAGGCCACACAUCCAGCUAUUGUAAAAAGAGGAAUCUGUACAAGUGGCAACAAUUAUACAGCGAGGACUGGGCGACAAAACCCUUAUUUGGAGAGAUUCAUGUGCCAAUCUAUUGGACCUGGUGGGGAGUGGACCUCUCCCCACCCUAUUUUAAUUUUUUUGUCAUUUCAGAACUGAAAAGUCCCAUUUCCACCCCUUUCAUUGUAGAAACCAGGCCUGUUUUGCCAGUUUUGGUGGGUGUCGCUGAUGUGAUUUUGUUCCUGGAGGGCCUUCCCCCCCCCCCAAAAAAAAAAACCUGGACAUUUCUUGUGGGGUGGUGAUGGGCCACCUUGUCAGUCCACAUGGGAACUAAGGAAACUGAUUCCUGAGCAGACAUUAACUCUGGAAACUUCUCACUGCUUGAAAGCGGUGCGCACUGACAUCCAUGCUACAAAGACAUUUUUAAAACAAACAUUAGAUAGCACUUGGUGGGGUGGACGCAAACUGUUAGGAGGGUAACGUUUUUGUUUGCAAAGCCGAUACUUGGGUCUGUUACUGUUCGAGGCAGGGAUGGUCUUCCGUUCAUUGUUCUCUAACCAUUUUAGCUUCUCAUUUCUGACUUCACCCAAUACACUACAUCCUCCUUUCGACAUCCAUGUGUAAAAUGAUAGCCGCCAGCUUAGUAUGACGCUUCAUGCAUUCGACAGAAUCUUCAUGCCAUAAUAAACCCAUUGAUUGUAAAA